UGCUGCUGUCUGUCUGUCUGUCUGUCUGGUUAUAAGCUGUCUGUGUGAGUCCACGCCACGGCCACUCCUCUGACUCACACACUCACACACAGAGGCAGGUGUGUGUGUCCAGCGGCAGCAGCAGCAGCUCGGAUCAAAUCCCGCAGCAUUCGGAUUUAAUUUGAUUUCCAACUCUUUGUUUUUUUAAUUCACCAAACACCGCCAUCAUGUUGUGGACGGCGAGUCAAGUCAUCAGGAAAUUCUCCACCACGUCCCAUUAUUACCAGAAUAAACUCAAACUAGCUAUAAUUGGCCAGAGCCUGUUCGGCCAGGAAGUGUACAGCAACCUAAGGAAGCAGGGCCACAAGGUGGUGGGUGUGUUCACGGUCCCUGACAAGGAUGGCAAGGCCGACCCGCUGGCCGUGGCGGCAGAGAAGGACGGGACGCCUGUGUUCAAGUUCCCACGGUGGCGCGUCAAGGGAAAGCCCAUCCCGGAGGUGGUGGACGCCUACAAGGCGGUGGGCGCCGAGCUCAACGUCAUGCCCUUCUGCUCCCAGUUCAUCCCCAUGAACAUCAUCGAUAACCCCAAGCACGGCUCCAUCAUCUACCACCCCUCCAUCCUGCCGCUACACAGAGGAGCCUCGGCAAUCAACUGGACCCUGAUACAUGGUGAUAAGAAAGCUGGCUUCACGGUGUUCUGGGCCGACGAUGGAUUGGACACCGGGCCAAUCCUGCUGCAGAGGGAGUGUGCUGUCGAGCCGAAUGACACUGUGGACACGCUCUACAACCGCUUCCUCUUCCCAGAAGGCAUCAAGGCGAUGGUGAAGUCGGUGCAGCUCAUCGCCGACGGGAAGGCCCCACGAGUUCCCCAGACGGAGGAAGGAGCGACCUAUGAAGGCAUCCAGAAGAAAUCCAACGCCAAGGUAAACAUGGCCCAGCCAGCUGAGGCCAUCCACAACUGGAUCCGCGGUCAUGACAAAGUCCCCGGUGCCUGGACUGUCAUUGAUGGUCAGCCUGUGACCCUGUACGGCUCAUCCAUGCUGGGGGGAUCGGCUCCAACCGGUCAAGCUCUGGAGGUGGAGGGAGCGUCCCAGCCCGGCCUGGUCACCAAGAAUGGGCUCGUCCUGUAUGGAACUGAUGGGAAGCCUCUGCUGGUGAAGAACCUGCAGUUUGAAGACGGGAAGAUGAUCCCUGCUUCCAAAUACUUCUCCGCUGGGGAGAGCUCCAGCGUGGAGCUGACGGAUGAUGAGAAGAAGAUGGCAGAGGAGAUCAGGAACAUCUGGAAGGGUAUCCUCAGCAACGUCGCAGCCAUUGAGGACUCCACAGACUUCUUCAAAUCUGGAGCCGCCUCCAUGGAUGUGGUCAGGCUGGUGGAGGAGGUGAAGCAGAAGUGCAGCAGUGAAGUCCAGCUGCAGACCGAGGACGUGUACAUGGCCACCACCUUCCAGGACUUCAUCCAGAUGUUCGUACGCAAGCUGAGAGGAGAGGACCAGGAGGAGGAGCUGGUCAUCGACUAUGCAACCAAAGACGUGAACAACAUGACAGUGAAAAUGCCGUACCAGUGUUUCAUCAACGGCCAGUUUGAGGAUGCAGAAAACGGAAAAGUGUACAACACCAUCAACCCUACUGAUGGAUCAGUGAUCUGUAAGGUGUCGUACGCCUCAGUGGGAGAUGUGGACCGGGCCGUGGCAGCUGCUAAAGAAGCUUAUGAAAAUGGACCCUGGGGCAAGAUGAACCCAAGAGACAGAGGAAGUCUGCUUUACAGGCUUGCAGACCUGAUGGAGGAACAUCAGGAGGAGCUGGCCACCAUCGAGACCAUUGACUCAGGAGCUGUGUACACACUGGCCCUCAAGACACACGUGGGCAUGUCCAUCCAGACCUUCAGAUACUUUGCUGGCUGGUGCGACAAGAUCCAGGGCAAGACGAUCCCCAUCAACCAAGCCAGACCCAACCGCAAUCUGACCUUCACCAAGAAAGAACCUCUGGGUGUGUGUGCCAUCGUCAUCCCAUGGAACUACCCUCUCAUGAUGUUGGCGUGGAAGAGUGCUGCCUGCCUCGCAGCUGGAAACACACUCGUUCUUAAACCCGCACAGGUCACUCCAUUGACUGCACUGAAGUUUGCCGAGCUGUCAGUGAAAGCUGGCAUUCCAAAAGGAGUCAUCAACAUUUUGCCAGGCUCAGGUGGCAUGGUGGGGCAGCGUUUGUCCGACCACCCAGACAUCCGCAAAUUAGGCUUCACCGGCUCCACGCCCAUCGGCAAACAGAUCAUGAAGAGCUGUGCGGUGAGUAACCUGAAGAAGGUUUCUCUGGAGCUCGGAGGGAAGUCGCCCCUCAUCAUCUUCAGUGACUGUGACAUGGACAAGGCUGUUCGCAUGGGCAUGAGCUCUGUGUAUUUCAACAAAGGGGAGAACUGCAUUGCUGCUGGACGUCUGUUCGUAGAGGAAUCCAUUCAUGAUGAGUUCAUCAGCCGAGUGGUGGAAGAGAUCAAGAAAAUGAAGAUUGGAGACCCUCUGGAUCGCUCUACAGACCACGGUCCACAGAACCACAAAGCCCACAUGGACAAGCUGCUGGAGUAUUGUGAGGUCGGAGUGAAGGAGGGAGCUACGCUGGUGUACGGAGGCAGACAGGUGGACAGGCCAGGCUUCUUCAUGGAGCCCACUGUGUUCACUGAUGUGGAGGACCACAUGUUCAUUGCCAAAGAGGAGUCCUUCGGCCCCGUCAUGGUGGUGUCCAAAUUCAAUGAUGGCGAUGUGGAAGGAGUGCUGCAGAGAGCCAACGACACAGAGUACGGCUUGGCCUCAGGCGUGUUCACCCGCGACAUCAACAAGGCCAUGUAUGUGAGCGAGCGGCUGGAGGCUGGAACUGUCUUCGUCAAUACUUACAAUAAGACCGACGUGGCUUCACCAUUUGGAGGCUUCAAGCAGUCUGGCUUUGGCAAAGACCUCGGAGAAGACGCUCUAAUGGAAUACCUCAAGACCAAAGCAGUGACUGUGGAGUACUGAGACACAGACUCUCCUCAUGAACUCUGACCCACAUCUAAAAAAGAAGGGGCUUGUCUGUCUGCUACGUUCAGACAUCCAGCUCCGUUCAGCCUUGCUUCUGGACAGUGUGUGUGUGUGUGUGUGAGUGUGUGUACUGUAUGAAUGAGUUGAGAGCUUUGUUGUUCGUACGGACAACGUGCCUGUCUUUUCUUGGCUUUCUGCGUGGAAAUUCACAUCAUCAUCAUCAUCAUCAUGGACAAAGGACAAUUGCAGUUUACGCCCGUCACAUCAAACCUCGAGUGGACUCCUGAUGCAAGCCCAGCUGGGUCUGACUGUAUUUUCACGGUUUCCAUAGCUUCCAUAGAAGUGUGUUUUAUGUUAAAACACACUCCUCAUCUUCAACCUGAAACCUGUUUUUCCAUCAUUAUCAAUCAUGUCAAUCAGUUCUCUUCAGCCAUGCCUUUCUCAUUCACUUGUAAUGCUGCCUUCAGCAUCCUUUAAUACCUCUAGGUUUACUCUUCGGCAGCUUCUGGGCCGCUGUGCACCGUACUAGAAAAUAGUUAUUUGAUUAGCUCAUGAGUACAUGAAUGUGAAUGUUGACAUUUGAGCCUGACAGGACUCGACUGCAUCUGGUUAGCAAACAAAAGUAACUCCAUAGAAAGCUGUUGGUCAGAAAUAAUCAUGGUCAUGAUGGGCAAACAGGAUUCAGAUUGCAGUUGCAUUUUAAUCCUUCAUCCACAAAAAGUAAAGAAUCAUCUUAACCAGUUUUUUUUUCAUAGCUUCCGAUCCUAUCUCACAUCAGCGAAUCACUGUGCAGUGCAAUCAAAGGGUUGGAAACAACCAGUAAGUCAACCCUAACUUAAAGAGUAGCUCAAAAUCAGCGUCUCUGGAUGAAUGUUUGAAAUCUGUUUUAUAUUAUAUUUAAAAUGACUGAUUGACAAGCAUUCAUUCAUAAGCUAUGACGUGAGGCAAAGCGCCAGUUCAGUUCUUUCUCACGCUGAAAUGGAUGUUUGACGGUCAGAUCUCAGACAGAGCAUCUUUGAGCAUCAACAAAGAGUCUUACAGCAGUUAGUACUCACAGCUUAGCAUUACUACAUGAUGAUACUGUAUCUGACAAAAUGUAGCAAAAGAAAUUGUGAUGGAUUAACUGUCUUGGGCAUGGUUCAUAACUCUGUUAUUAAUGGUUCACCUUUAUUUCUAGUCUGAACUUGCAGAAUUGAGGUCUCAUUUUUAAAAAGACAUGUGCACACAUGCAUCUACACUUAUAAAACACUUACAGUAUUUACUUGUCAGUUGGUGAAGCUAUGGUGAGCCGUCUUUAU